AUGUCUCUAACUUUGCCAACCAACGAUAUGCUGGAAACGCCACCUGGAUAUCCAUUUGAAGAAAUCAAUUAUGAAGACAUUGAAGUUGAAGAGGUGGUGGGAAGAGGAGCGUUUGGGGUUGUCUGCAAAGCCAAAUGGAAAGGAAACGAUGUUGCUAUCAAGACCAUUGAGAGUGAAUCGGAGAGGAAAGCCUUUAUUGUUGAGCUCCGGCAGCUUUCACGCGUGAACCACCACAAUAUUGUAAAGUUGUAUGGUGCGUGCAAAAAUCCAGUCUGCCUUGUGAUGGAAUAUGCUGAAGGUGGAUCUUUGUACAAUGUGCUGCAUGGUGCUGAACCCCUCCCUUAUUACACUGCUUCCCAUGCCAUGAGCUGGUGUUUACAGUGUGCCCAAGGAGUGUCCUAUCUCCAUGGCAUGAAACCAAAGGCUCUCAUUCACAGGGACCUCAAGCCACCCAAUCUUCUUCUGGUGGCGGGCGGCACCGUGCUUAAGAUAUGUGACUUUGGAACAGCAUGUGACAUUCAAACUCACAUGACCAACAACAAGGGAAGCGCAGCAUGGAUGGCUCCAGAGGUAUUUGAAGGCAGCAAUUACAGCGAGAAGUGUGAUGUUUUCAGCUGGGGGAUCAUUCUGUGGGAAGUGAUCACUCGCAGGAAGCCCUUUGAUGAGAUUGGAGGACCAGCAUUUCGCAUUAUGUGGGCAGUUCACAAUGGCACAAGACCUCCAUUAAUCAAGAACUUGCCCAAACCCAUCGAGAGCCUGAUGACGCGGUGCUGGUCUAAAGAUCCCUCUCAGCGGCCCUCCAUGGAGGAAAUAGUGAAGAUCAUGAUUCACCUAAUGAAGUACUUCCCAGGAUCUGAUGAACCUCUUCAAUAUCCAUACCAGUAUUCAGAUGAGGGACAGAGCAACUCUGCAACCAGUACAGGUUCCUAUGUGGACUAUACUGGCACCAGCACAAGCACCAGAAGUGAUGCGAACAUGGAGCACAGUGAUUCUCAGGGGAGCAAUGACACCAUCAAGAUCACACCUCAGUUUGCACCUCAUUUGAAGCCAAAGGGAGACCCGUUAAGGACUCUGCCUUUGUCCAGAGGGGGAAGUGUGGAGAGCCUGCGAACCCAGUGUUUGCCAUCCUCUGACAGCAAAAGAAUGAGUGCUGACUUGUCAGAGUUAGAGCCCAAAAUGUCAUUUGCACCUGCAGCACGCCCCCAGUAUAAGCGAGGCCACCGUAAAACUGCAUCAUUCGGAACCAUUCUGGAUGUUCCCAAGAUCGUCGUAACAGGUAUCAGUGGACCACUGGGAUUCCUG